AUGGUUUCUUUUGUUAACGAUAUUAAGAGCAACACGAAAACUCCUUUUGUAAACAAUUUUAAGUACAGUACAAUAGAGUCUUUUGUUACUGAGAAUAAUAGUAACGUUAUAACUCCUCUUAACAACAAGACUAAAACUAACAAAGUCCGGUGGAAAUUAUCCGAAGCCCCUCAACAAAUACUUCAGUUAUUCAACGACCCAAAUGCGGCUAUUGUCAGUGAUAAUAGUUUAACAAAUAAUGGCGGUAACAGUUCUUCAAUUGACGGUACAACAGAAUCUCAUUUACGUAGAUCAAACGUUAAAAAAUCUAAACGGUAUUCAUUCAGAAAACAAAUGUAUCCGCGAAGGUCACCAGAUUCUUCGUCGGAUGAUGAUGAUUACGUGUUGAGAGUUAAUAUUUACGAAAUAUAUCGCAAAAAUCCGAAUCUAUUGUUAAAGACCUUAAAAGAAAGUAAAGAAGUUGAACAAAAACCAAAGGAGAAUCCAUUCGUUUUAAGUUUAAAUGAAUUGAUCUACAAGAUAAUUUUAUUAAACAUUAAUCAUAAUUCAUUGAAUUUCACUAAAUGUCGUAUAACAUGGCAUAAUGGAUCUAAACCACUCUAUAUUAAAGAUUUGGAGGGAUAUAACUUGCUUCAUGAUGAGGAGCGUAAAGUUUGUUCAACGUUGCGAAUGCCACCAUUGCAGUAUUUGAGAGGAAAGUUGGCAAUACUUAACGCUGCAGAAGAGUUCCAGAGUAAUAAUAAAAUUUUCAAGAAAGUAGACGCUCAACAUUUAGUAAACUUUGAUGUAAAUAAGGCUUCUAAACUUUGGCAAUUUUUUAAUAGGCUCGGCUGGAUUUAA